CGGUGUGGCGGUGAUGAACGUAUAGGUCAAUGGUAGCGCCUAGAACUUGCCUAGAACCUAGAACCACCAUGUUGAUCAUCUCUUGGCUCCUCCAAGAGGUUUUCAACACCAUUUACUUCCAACUGUUUGGGGACCAGCUGCCGGAGCUGGCCAUGAUGCGGGCGGUUGGCACCGUCUCCAAGCUGUGCGUGUACCCGCUCAAGUCGGGCCGGCGCGUGGAGGCCGACGAGGUCAGCUGCGAGCAGAUGGGGCCGCACCUGGGCGACACUGCCGACCGCAGCCUGGUCGUCACCGACGAGGAGGGCGGCUUCCUGACGGGCCGGCGACACCCGGAGCUGGUACUGGUCGCUGCCGAGGUGCUGCCAGACGGCGUGCGGCUGUCAGCGCCGGACACGCCGCCGCUCGUCGUGCGGCCGGCCGAAGGUGGCCGCGCUCGACCGCCGCUGCGAGGCGCGCAUCUGGUACGACCACGCGCCCGGCUGCGCUGGUUCCCGCUGCGACGCUCGGCGCGGCGGCCGCACGUGCCGCCGUUCCCCGUACGCACGUGCGAUGGCUCCGCCUUCGCCGACCUGGCCGGCUACAUGCUGAUGAACGAGGCGUCCGUGGCCGAGCUGAACGGCAGACUGGAGCGGCCCGUCGGCGUUGACGCCUUCCGCGCCAACGUCGUCAUCGCCGGCGCUGACGCCUUCGCCGAGGACCGCUGGCGCUACCUGGCGAUUGGUGACGCCAUGUUCGAAAACGUGAAGCCGUGCACACGCUGUCUGUUCGUCACAAUUGACCCGGAAACGGCGGUCAAGGACGCUGAGGCCCAGCCGCUCAAGACGCUGCGGCAGUACCGCCAGAGCAGCGAUCCGGCGCAGCGCGAGGUGGUGCGCGACUCGCCGCUGUUCGGGAUCAACCUGGGCUUGCGGAGGAGAGGCGUCAUCAGAGUUGGGGAUGUGGUGUACGCGACAGAGAAGUAAAGUGGUGCAAAGUGCAGCUGGCUGAGUGCCUUGAUUCCACGACAUAGUACCGUAGGGGUUGUUUAUGGGGCAAAGGCUCGCUAGAAUCUUCCAGGAAAUUAUGUGCAUCGUACAUCCGUUUCAUACACGCACCCGUUGCAUGUUAUGAUAUGCAAUGUGUAGUAGUGUUUUGACCGGGACAACGAGAUUUCAACAAACGCAGGGUUUUCUAGUCAGAGUGGUUAGUUAUGUGGGG